AUGACGUCAGCGUUUGAAAACAUAUCCGAUAUAUCCUAUUUCGUUGCUGUAAUUUUCUGCAUCUCCUGUAAUAUUUUACUAUUGUACUUAGUCUACACAAAAAGUCCCCGACACGUUGGAACCUACAAAUAUCUGAUGACUUUUUUUGCUGUUAAUGGAAUUUUACACUCUAUUUUUGAUUUCAUCACAAAACCCAUUUUUUUAAUGCUUGAAGGAAAUGAAAUCCAUGGCAAUAUACUAGUGUAUUUUGUGAGAAAUGAUAGAUUUCCGUCAAAAUGGUGGGCAAUUCUAGCUACAGAAAUUUACGGAUUUUUUUUGGCUGUAAUUUUUGUUAUAUUUGCUGUUCACUUCAUUUUUCGAUAUUGGACAAUUACCAAGAAUCCCAAAAUUCGCUUUUUUGAUUUCCCAUAUUUUGUUUUUUGGAUAAUUGGAAGUUAUUAUUUUGGUUUGGAAUAUUCAUAUAUUCUGCAUGUUGAAUUUUCAGAGAGACCCGAUAAAACCGAAAUUAUAAAACCAAAGAUGCUGUCCGAUUUUGGCUAUUCUAUGGACAAUAUUACUUAUAUGGCAGCUAGAUUUGUCAAAUUUUCGGAGGAACAAAAUCAAUUAAUAAUUGACUGGCGUCAAGUUGGAUUCUACUUCGCCGCUGUGAAAACGAUGAUUCUCAGUUUAAUAAUAUUAACUUUUUGUGGGAUUUCUAUCAUGAAAACCAUACGGAAAGAUUUGGAAAGUUUGCAAUCCAAGGAAAAAAUAAAAUUGGAACUCAAUUUAUUUUUAGCUCUGAUAGUUCAGACCAUAAUUCCAAUAGUCGUGAUAUAUUGCCCAUUCCUCUUGAUGUGGAAUUUCCCUAUCUUUCUCGGAAUAGAAACAGCUCGGUUGACUGGAAUAGGCGUAGCCUUGUAUCCAGGAAUCGACCCAUUGGCUAUAAUGUUUAUUGUUGCUAACUACAGACGUGCUGUUUUAAAUCCCUUCCGACGAAUCGUUCUCAGGCAAAACGUUGUUAGUUAUACAGUGAGAGAUAUUUCAUCAAUGAGCCGGUCUGGUUCAAAAAUUGGACCAACUAAUUGA